CCGAGUUUCAUUACGCGUUCUCUUCUUUUUGCUUGUUCGCGCACAAACUAGGUCCACAAUGCCUAUCGUCAACGUAAACAUUAAAUGGAGCGGAAAAAAGUUUGAGAAUAUUGAACUCGACACGGACGAAAGCCCUGAGCUUUUCAAAAGUCAGAUUUACUCGCAAACUGGUGUUCCACCAGAACGUCAAAAGAUCAUGGUUAAGGGUGGCAUGCUCAAGGACACAACUGAUCUGAACAAGUUAAGUCUCAAAAACGGACAAACAUUGAUGAUGAUGGGAACAGCAGGUGAGCUUCCAAAGCCGCCAGAGAAGCCCACACAGUUUUUGGAAGAUAUGACGGACGCAGAGAAGGCUGAAGCGCUCGAUAUUCCUGCUGGUUUGGAGAACCUCGGCAACACCUGUUACAUGAACUCAACACUACAAUGCCUUCGUGUUAUGCCAGAAUUACAUAGUGCUCUGGAUCAGUACGAGGGUGGACUUGCCAAUGUGGAUAACCGCGGUAACCUUACUGCAAGCUUGCGGAACCUGUUCAAGGAUCUGGGUCGUAAUAGCGAAGGAUUCCCUCCAUUGGUGUUUUGGCAGAUGCUCCGUCAAGUGUUCCCACAAUUCUCGCAAACGGGUCAAGGAGGUGUUCCAAUGCAGCAGGAUGCUGAAGAAUGUUGGAGUGAAUUGAUAUCCGUGUUGAAGGCCAAGUUGCCCAAGGGAGAUGCAACAGGACAUAAUUUCAUUGAACAGUACAUGACCGGCGAAAUGCAGGCAGAGCUCAAGUGUAAGGAUGCUCCCGAAGAAGAGAAGGUUGUUACUUCUGAACCAUUUUCAAAGCUGGGCUGCCAUAUCACUGGAACUACAAACUACAUGGUGAACGGUAUCAAAGAAUCGCUUACCGAAGAAAUCGAAAAGAACUCACCGACAUUGGACCGCACCGCCAAAUAUGAACGCGUAUCACGCGUCAGCCGACUACCUCAAUACUUGCCCAUCCAAUUUAUCCGAUUCUUUUGGAAGCCCCAGGAACGCAUCCGUGCCAAGAUCUUGCGCAAAGUGAAAUUUCCCUUAAACUUUGAUGCAACGGAACUGUGCACGCCCGAAUUGCAAAACAAAUAUAGCAAAGCCAAGUUGAAGCUCAAGGAAAUCGACGACCAGCAGGAGGCGAAACGACGUGACGAAAAACGACGCAAGAUUGAUUUGGAAACCGGUGCUGCGUCGUCGUCUUCAGCAUCAUCGUCAGGAGGAAACCAAGCCGAUAUGGAUACGUCGGAAGACAAGGUGAACUGGUCCGACUUUUUGGAUCCAGAAUUGUUAAAGGAUGUCGGAGGCAACCCGACAGGUCAGUACGAGUUGUGUGCUGUGCUGACUCAUGUGGGUCGGUCUGCUGAUUCAGGCCAUUACAUCGCUUGGGUCAAGAAGGGAGAUGACGAAUGGCACAAGUUUGAUGAUGACAAGGUGUCCAUUGUCAAGGACGCAGAUAUUGAACGAUUGGACGGAGGCGGUGACUGGCACACAGCAUACAUUGUGUUAUAUAGAGCAAAACGUCUUGACUAAGCUAAAGAAACGGCCACCACACCAAAAAAAAACCAACAACAACCAGCAUACAAUACUGAAAGUUCUUUUUAUCUUAAUGUUUACAUAAAAAAAAGCAGA